AUGGCUCAACACUCGACUGCAGACCCGGCGAUAGCCAUCACGGGGCUGUCGUGCCGUAUGCCCGGAAACGGCAAGGACCUGGACAGUUUCUGGGAGUCCAUAUCUAACGGCGAGUCCGCCUGGUCGCCCAUCCCCACCGAUCGCUUUCACGCCGACUCCUUCCCCAGCAACACCGCCCGCGGCGGUCACUUUCUCUCAUCCGACAUCUCCCUCUUUGACGCGACCUUCUUCCACGUCUCGCGUGAUGAAAGCCGGGCCAUGGACCCGCAACAGCGGCUAAUGCUUGAAGUCGUGUACGAAGCGCUGGAAGCCGCGGGUCAGACAAUCCCGUCCCUCAAAGGGUCCCGCACAGGCGUGUACAUGGGCCAGUUCACGGACGACUACCGCGACAUGGUGGCGCGCGACUCGGAGACGGCGCUGCCGUACUCGAUGACGGGCCUACAGCGGGCGUCGCUGUCAAAUCGCGUGUCGUGGCUGUUUGACCUGCGCGGGCCGAGCUUUACGGUUGCGACGGCGUGCUCGUCGAGCUUGGUUGCGCUGCAUUUGGCGUGUGAGAGUUUAAGGAGGGGAGAAAUCGACAUGGCGGUCGUGGGCGGAUGUAAUUUGAUGAUUGGCCCCGGCAUGUUUAUCUUUCAGAGUGGGCAGGGGUUCCUGUCGCCGGAUGGGAAGUGCAAGACGUUUGAUGCGUCGGCGGACGGGUACGGGCGCGGGGAAGGGUUUGCGGCGGUGGUGCUGCGGCGGGUGGACGAUGCGGUGCGGCUGGGGGAUCCGGUGCGGGCCGUGAUUCGGGGGUCCGGGUCGAACCAGGACGGGCAUACCAAGGGGUUUACGCUACCGAGUGCGGAUGCGCAGGCGGCGUUGAUCGAGGAGGUGUACCAGCGGGCGGGUCUGGGGUAUGACGAGACGAGCUAUGUCGAGGCCCAUGGCACCGGGACCAAAGCAGGCGACGCCGAGGAGAUAUCCGCCCUGUCGAGGACCAUCGGCUCGGGCUGCACAGCCAAGCGCAAGCUCAUCGUAGGCUCUGUCAAGACCAACAUCGGCCACCUCGAAGCAGCCGCCGGCCUCGCAGCCGUGGUCAAAGCCGUCCUGAUGCUCGAAAAGGGGCUGAUCCCACCCAACAUCAACCUGCUGACGCGCAACCCGGCGCUGAAGCUGAACGAGCGGCACAUCCAGGUGCCGUUGCAUGUGACGCCGUGGCGGGGGACGGAGAGCGGCUUGCGCAGGGUUAGUAUCAACUCGUUUGGCUAUGGCGGGUCGAAUGCGCAUGCGAUUUUGGAUGAUGCGGCGAGUUAUCUGGGGGAGAUUGGCAAUGGUGUCAAUGGUGUUAACGGGGUCAACGGCACGAAUGGUGUGAAUGGCACGAACGGUGUGCACAGUACAAAUGGGGCCAACGGGGUCAACGGGGUUAGCAAGGCCAACGGCAUCAGCAAAGCCAAUGGAAUCAAGCCCCAUGGCACUGACGCCAACCCCCUCCUCGUCUUUCCUCUCAGCGCCCAAGACAAAGACGGCAUCGCCCGCGUCUCAGCAUCUCUCCACGCCCACCUCGAGAAACACAAACAAACCAGCACCGCAAACGAGGAAGCCACCUACCUGCACAACCUCGCCUACACCCUCUCGACACGCCGUUCCCCCUUACAAUGGAAGACCUUCCGCACAGCCUCCACGAUCAACGAGCUGAUCGCCGCUCUCUCCCCAUCCACCGCAACCCCAGGACCAACCCCCCGUCUCUCCUCCCGUGCCCCCCGUCCAGCCUUUGUCUUCACAGGCCAAGGUGCGCAGUACCCAGCCAUGGGCGCGGCUCUACUAGCCACCCAACCCGUCUUCCGCGCCAGCGUCGAGGCAGCAGACGAAUACAUCCGCACGCAGCUCGGCAGCCCCUGGUCCGCCAUCACCGAACUGUCCACUCCCAAAUCCCAAUCCCCCCUACCCGCCGCCGCACUCGCCCAGCCGCUCUGCACCAUCCUCCAAAUUGCCCUGCUCGACCUGCUCGCGUCCUGGUCUGUCCACCCGCACGCCGUGGUCGGCCACUCCAGCGGUGAGAUGGCAGCCGCCUACUGCGCCGGGGCGAUCACCCGCGAAGAGGCCUGGAAGAUUGCUUACUGCCGCGGUGUGGCGGCCGCGCGAUUGCGUGAGGUCGGGACGCGAGGCGAGGGAGCGAUGAUGGCGGUGGGUGCGUCGCCGGGGGACGUGAAUGGUUGGAUUCGGGAGGCUGGGUUGGCAGGGCAGGUGUGUGUGGCGUGUGAGAACUCGCCGGUGAGUGUCACGGUGUCGGGGGAUAAGGCGGCUGUGGAGAGGCUGGAGACGGAGGUGUUGAAGGAGAAGGGGGUGUUUGCCAGGCGGUUGAGGGUCGAUGUGGCGUAUCACUCGCCGCAUAUGCAGGCUGUGGCUAGGGAGUAUCUCGCAGCUAUUGCGGAUGUGGCGCCAGGGCGGAGGACGACAAAGCGGCGCGGCAAGGGUGAAAAGGAGAAGGAAACUGGACUUCGGCCGGACUGUGUCAUGUACUCGAGCGUGACCGGCCGCAGGGUGCGCGACGCGACGGAGCUGGGCGCGGCGUACUGGGUGCGCAACCUCAUCUCGCCCGUCAAGUUCUCGACCGCCGUGCAGGUCCUCUCGGAAGCCAAAAACAGCGAUGGAGAAGGGAUCGACGUCUUUGUGGAAAUCGGCCCGCACCCUGCUCUCCAAGGCCCAACCAGCCAAAGCCUGCAAGCCGUGGGCAUAUCCGAGGUGCAGUACCACGCACCCCUACGCCGUGACCGCGACGGCCGAGAAACGGCCCUCGAGCUCGCAGGCACGCUUUUCGCCAUGGGCUACCCGGUCGAUUUCCGCGCGGUCAACCAGACCCCAAGCCACCCGAAGACCCUGAUCGACCUGCCGGCCUACCCCUGGGACCACUCCCGCAGCCACUGGGCCGAAUCACGCGUCGCGCGCGAGUACCGCCUCCGCGAGCCGCUGCCCAGCAGCUUGCUCGGCGCGCUCUCGCCCAAGAUUGUCGCUGGCGAGCACACCUGGCGCGGCCACCUCAGCUUGACGGAGCACCCGUGGAUUGCGGACCACAAGAUCCACGACACUAUCUUGUUCCCCGCGGCUGGGUUCAUCGCCAUGGCUGCCGAGGCUGCUUUGCUGAGCUCUCCUGCUGUUGCGGCCGGCCGCGAGGUGUCCAAGUUCCGGCUACGGGAUAUCCACUUGACCGCGCCGCUGGUGCUGAAAGAAGACGGCCCGGCCACCGAGUACUCGCUGCGUCUGCGGCCGCAUCUGACAACCAUCAAGGCCACAUCAGCCGAAUGGAUCGAGUUUUCCAUCUCCAGCUCCCCAGACGGCAAAACCCUAGAAAGAAACUGCAUCGGCCUCAUCUCCCUUGAGUACCGUCCCCCCCACGGCCCCCCCUCAACCAAGCCCAACGGCAGUAACCCCCCCUCAGCCGACGACGCCCACCAAACAGCCUGGACCCGCCGCCUCACCGAAGCCAGCACCACCUGCCAAACCCCCGUCGACAUCAUCCCCUUUUACCAGCGCAUGGCCGUCGCCGGACUCCAAUACGGCCCCGUCUUCCAAAACAUGACCCGCGUCCACACAGCCCCGAACGGCCGUAGCGUCGGCACAGUCGGCGUGCCGACCACCGGCCUAGGCAAAAAGGGCUCUGGAAAACCGCUCGUCGUACACCCGGCCACGCUGGACGCCGUGUUCCAUGUAGCGUUCGCCGCGCUGUCUCAUCAUAAUCAUGGGCAGGGUAAGAAGCAGAAGAAGCAGCGGCCGAUGCAGGCGAUGGUGCCCAAGUCGAUUGACGAGGUGGUGGUUGCCGCGGAGUUCCCUAACCACCCGGGGGCGGAGAUCCGCGGGGUGUCGAGUGUGAAGAGGCAGGGGUUUAGUGAGAUCUUGGCGGAUGUGACGAUGCAGGAGGAGGUUGGGGGGAGACCGGUGUUGAAGAUUGUGGGGUUGUGUUGUGCGGAGUUGGCGGGUGCGCCGGUGGAGGAGGUGGGGGGUGUGCUGAGGAGUAUUUGCAGUAGGCUUGUGUGGAGGCCGGUGGUGGAGAGGUUGGGUCUGGAGGAGUUGGGGGGUGUUAUCCAGCGGGGGGGGUUGAGGGAGUAUGGGAGGAUUGGGGUCUUUGUUCCAGGGUUAGGGUUGAGAGCCAGACUAACAAACCAGCUCAUCCACACCAUCCACCAUACCAAUCCCCUUGCCUCCAUCGUCGAGGUCUUCACCCCCUCGAAAGCUGCCCCACAGCCACUGCUUCACGCGCUCGACAUUGCCGGGCCUCUCAAAACAGCCAGCUAUACCCUGUACGUGCCUGACGUGCAGACCAAGGAGACUGUGGAAAGCCAAAUUCCCUCGUCAUCUCAUGCCGUCAGCGUCAAGGUUCACACGAACCCGGAGUCCGGACUUGCCAACGGUGAGCCUGGCUCGGAUCGGGAUACCUUCGACCUUGUCAUUGCCCCGGGCAUCUCAACCUCCACAGAGUCCGAUGAAGGGAAUGUCCUAGAAACCGCCAUAGACCUGCUCAAAGAAGGCGGCUACCUCUUCGCACUCGUCCCAGAACAAGAUGACAAGACCAGCGCCCCCUCCUCAAAGACAGACCUAACAUGGACCCAGCUCGACAUCGGCGCGCUCCUCGGCCAUCGGACCCCAGCACCCAAGGCCAACGGCGCAGCUCCCCCAACCGACGAAGUCAUCCUCCUCCUACCCACCAACCCCUCAUCCACAACCACAGACCUCGCCCAAUCACUCUCUGUUAGCCUCCAAUCCACCGGCUACUCCGUAUCUUCCCACGCUUGGAACAGCAGCAACAGCAGUGACCCAGCGACAUUCACCAACAAAGCCUGCAUCUCCCUCGUCGAAGUAGACCGCCCUGUCCUGUCCCACCUCACCGAAUCCGAGUUCACCCUUUUGCAGUCCCUGCUUUUGACAGCCAAGAAGGUUCUCUGGGUCGGUGGCUCGCCGGACAGGGAUCCCGGGUAUGCUGUGGUGAGUGGGCUUGCGCGGGUUGUGAGGAGUGAGGAGCCUGGGAUUGUGUUUCAUACGUUGCAUUUGGAUCUUGGUCUCUCUCCCGACUCGGAGUCUGAGAAGCGCAACGAGGGUGUUGAUGGGAUCAGUGGACUGGUUGAGAACGUGUUCACCCACCCCGACGGGGAGAAUGAAUUCCGGAUUCACCACGGUCUGGUGGAGGUUAGCCGAGUAGUGGAAGAUGACGGGUUGAGUGCAGAGCUACUCCACAGUCUGGGAGAGCAGGAUGAGGAGUUGGAAAAGGCUACGGCGGUGGUGCGGCAAGUGCCGCUGGAGCAGGCCAACACUCCGCUGAAACUGUGCGUUCGCACCCCGGGACUGCUGGAUACCCUGUGCUUUGAGCCGGAUUCGCUUCCGGAUGUCUCGUUGGGGGAUGAUGAGGUGGAGAUUAAGGUUAUGGCGGCGUCAUUGAACUUCCGCGACGUCAUGACAGCAAUGGGCCAACUCCCCAGCACCGACCUCGGCUUCGACGCCGCCGGCCUCGUCACCCGCACCGGCCCCUCCGCGUCCUCCCUCUUCGGCCCCGGCGACCGCGUAGCCACCUGCAUGCCCGGCGCCUUCCGCACGCUACACCGCGCCCGCGCCGAACUAAUCCAGCACAUCCCCGCGGGCAUGACCUUCCCCGAGGCCGCGGCCAUCCCCUUGGUCCACGGCACAGCCUGGAACGCCCUGGUUCGCCUGGCCCGGGCGCGUCGGGGGCAGUCAGUCCUUGUACACGCGGCCGCGGGCGGGGUGGGCCAGGCAGCGCUGCAGAUUGCGCAGCAUCUUGGGUUGGAGGUGUUUGCGACGGUGGGGUCGGAGCCCAAGAGGCAGCUGCUGCGGGAGGUGUACGGGAUUGCUGACGAUCACAUCUUCAACUCGCGGGACGCGUUGGAUUUCGCGCAGGGGGUGCGGCGGAUGACGCGGGGUCGCGGGGUGGAUAUCGUGCUGAACUCGCUGCCCGGUGAAGCCCUGCGGCAGUCGUGGUACUGCCUCGCGCCCUCGGGGACGUUCGUUGAGAUUGGCGUGCGGGAUAUUCUAGAUAAUGGCCGGCUGGAGAUGCGGCCGUUUGCGAGACAGGCGACGUUUACGUUUUUUGAUCUCAAGAUUGCCAUGCUGGAGCAGCCGGAUUUGAUGGGGGAGAUUAUGCGCGGGGUGUUUGACCUCCAGCGGGAGGGGGUCACGCGGCCGGUCGGGCCGAUCAAGGUGUUUCCGGCCGGGGAGGUCGAGGCGGCGUUCCGUAUGAUGCAGGCUGGGCAGCAUGUCGGGAAGAUUGUGGUGUCUUUUGAGGACGGACAGGAUGUUGUGCCUGUGUGGGCUGCUAAACCGACGACACUGGCGACCCCCAACAGGCCAGAGGUUCACCUCGAUCCGGAGGCCACGUAUCUUCUGGCUGGCGGGUUGGGUGGGCUCGGCCGCAGCCUCGCAACAAUGCUUGUCGACCACGGCGCUCGCAAGCUCUGCUUCCUCUCGCGCUCACCCGACGCCGCAACCCGCCCCGCCGCCCGCGACUUGAUCGCCCAACUGGAAUCCCGCGGCGCCCAGGUCCUCGUCCUACCCUGCGACGUAUCCUCCGCCCCGGCCGUCUCCCACGCCGUAGACCACUGCACCACCCACCUCGGCCGCGUCGCGGGCGUCAUCCAAUGCGCCAUGGUCCUCCGCGACAGUCUCUUCCGCAGCAUGACCCACGCCGACUGGACCGAAUCCACCCGGCCCAAAAUCCACGGCACCUGGAACCUGCACCGCGCCCUGCCCAACGUCGAUUUCUUCGUCAACCUCGCGUCGUUCACCGCCAUCUUUGGCAGUCGCGGCGUCGCCAACUAUGCCGCGGGGAGUACCUUCCAAGACGCCAUCGCACACGUCCGAAGCGCCGAGGGAAAACACGCCGUCACGCUGGAUGUGAGUAUCGUUACGGAUGCGGGCGUGCUGGCGGAGACGGGGAUGACGCAGGCGUUGAAGGAGUUGGCGGAGUAUGGGCUCAGUUCGCAGGAGGUUGCGGAGCUGGUGUGGCUUGCUAUCGCGGGGGAUGUGUCCCAGUCGCAGUCGCAGUCCCCGCAGAUCGUCACGGGCAUCGCAACGGGAGGUAGUGCCGUAACCGGCGGCCGUGACGCGCCGUGGUACCUCGACGAUCCCAAAUUCGCCAUCAUGGCCCAAACCGGCCUCCACCAGCACCUCUCCGCCACUUCUACUAGCACCCCGGGCUCAGAAGCCUCCAUCCAAACCCUCCUGGCGCGGUCCCAAACCCUCGACGAAGCCACCUCCAUCGUUCUCACAGCAUUGGUCGACCGCGUCGCCAAAAUGCUGCAGACGGACCCCUCGGAAAUCGACACGACCCGGUUCCUGCACUCGUAUGGGAUUGACUCGCUGGUGGCGAUUGAGAUGGUGAAUUGGGCGCUGAAGACGUGUGGCGCGGCUGGGGUCACGGUGUUUGAUGUUAUGGCUGCUGUGCCGAUGACAGUGACGGCGGGGAGGAUUGCGGGGGCUUCGGGGGUUGUGGGGGAGAGUGUGAGGAACGGGGAAUAG